GGGUGCACGAUCCCCCGUAGUUAGAGCCCCCUGCCCCACCCGGGAAACUGAAAUCAUUCUGCCUAUGUCUACGCUACAUACUUUAUUAAUCGCAAGCAAUGCGUCGGAAGACAUACGUUUGUAGAUCCGAACACUCGCGCGUUGGUUCGUCAGGUGUGUGAGCAGUGAAGGCUUGAAACUCGUCCCAUUAAGCACCUACCGACCUUUUUUGAAGCGGCGCGGCAGGCUGUUUGCUUCGACAAGCUCCGCGAUAACUUGAAGUUCUCCUUGCUCAAAUCUCGCGCACGCGGAAAUGAUGUUCAGGUGCAACGACUGCUAACUAAGGGCCUUUACUAUCUCUAGACAAAGGCUAUGAGGUGAAAGAUAAGGCCGGCGGAGAAGGCGAGUUUAAAAAUACCGCAAUCGGUGUACGUACGGAACGGACGCCGACCGGGCGCUCAGGCACGUGGCACACCGACUCCGUCAAAACAUGCGAACCCUGAAGGCGAGGGGAAGAGAAAAAAAAAAAAGUGAAACGACGGAGUUGUGCAUUCGGUCGUGAAGGCGGCGCCACUCUUGCGGUUUGCAGCAGUUUGGCGCAUCCGUGCUCGCUUUCCUGAAGGUCGCGGCCUUGGUCCCUGCUUCAUGUCAAUUAUUCUCUGACGAUUCGUGUUUGCGGUACGCAGCAAAUAAGGACUCGAUACGAGCCGGGCGUCCGAGCCGCCGUUCGUCCCGCAGCAGGGUUAAUCUUAGCACAGUCGUCGGGGCGGAGCGUGCAGAUAGCGCGAACUGCGUAGUACGGAGGCUCGAUAAGCGUGUCGCCCAGUCGGCGUGUGACGUCGCGCAGUGCGCAGCUGUCGGCGGCACAAGGCACAGGCCCAACGCCGGGUCAGCCGGGUGGCGUGCCCGCGUGCCCUCGGACGUAGUAGUAGCGUUUGGACGCGUGAACGGUGAAUGUGUGAAGCGGCUCGCACGGAAUGCGAGGUUGGCCCUGUUUGGCCCAUUCUAUCGGAGCAGAUCACUCGCGCUGCCGCGUCGCAGGAUUCGCCGGGGCGGCGCGGCACCGGCCCUAUCAGUACUGCGAUUGGCGGACCGGCGCGCAGCACGUGAACAGUACCUGACGCAUGGAGGCGCCCCGUACAGCUAGGGAGACCGGCCGGCCGGCGUUCGCGCCGACCAGUUCGUCGAUGUCGCGUGCCGGGUGUGCAUACCAUCUCUCAAGUCGUUGGGCCUUGCCGCGUUCCUUUAAUGGGAUCCCUGCUUCGGCUCGCCGGCACCGCUAGAUUCAUGAAUUGGCCCGUUGAUUGACUGACUGGUAAGUCGCCACGGCCGGUUGCUGCGGAGCGGCGCCGUGGAGCCGAUGUCGUGGAAAGUGUCGCCCCGUCUCCGCAUCCUCUCGGACGGCUGUCUCGACCGCUCUCCGGGAGGAUCGGGAGCUUGGGGACGAAAUAGUCUUCGGCUUUUGCGUCAUGCGGGUUCAACUAGCGCGCCUUGCAUGGCGCCGCUUUGGCGGAACCUAUUUUUACCGGCCUUUUCUGGCCGGUUAUGUCUCGUUGUGGGUCGUUGUUUUCCUUGACGAUUGAUGGUGAUUUAUAGUCGACUUCCUUGUCGGCGUCGUGCCGGGAGCGGAGUCGCCUAUUCGCACCACUGUUCGAGGACUCAGUCUCGUCAAAGAAUGCCAUAUACGUGAUGCGCAGUGCGGUAUACGCGUGAUAUUUAUAGGGGGAACUGCACUGCUGUGUCUUCGAUGACCUUGGCGAUUUCUCGAGGAACGAAAAAGACGGGCGAGCGGAACCAUGCCCAUGGACCUGGAGAUGGUGCUGUCUGCGAAUCAGCCCCUCUUUGUGGGCAACGGCAACAACUUGUCCGAGUGCCGCCUCAACCCGUGCGUGCUGCAGCAGGCCCCUCCGCUCUUCCAGACGUGCUCCCUUCGGAGGGGCUACCGGCGAGCGUCGACCAACGUGCCCCCCAUCAAGCCCUGCAUGUCUCCCAAGGACGAGCAGGUCCAGAGCGAGCCCACGAGUCCGACGUCUCCGAACCGGGCCAAGCGGCGCGUCUCGUUCGCCGAUGACAAGGGCUACUCGCUUACCCAGGUGCGGGUGAUGCACGAGCCGUCCGACUGUCCGCCCCGGUGGACGGACGAGUUCCUUGCCCAGAUUACCAAGGACAUGCGGCUGGAGGCGGACGCGCCGCUCUGGGAGCCCUCGUUUACGCAGCCGGCGUCGGACUACCUCGAGUUCCGCCAGAAGCUGGAGACCAACUUCAUCUCUCUGGAGAACGUGAUCGUCAAGAACCCAAACCUCAUAACGGGCACCAUCAAGGUGAAGAAUGUGACGUUCGAGAAGCACGUAUUCGUCCGGUUGACCUUCGACUCGUGGCGGACCAUGCAGGACUGUGAGGCCAGCUUUGUGCCCAACGGCCACCUGAGCAACAUGUUCGACACGUUCGCCUUUUCUGUGCCCAUUCCCGUGACGGCGGACUCUGCGGGCGUCGUGGAGUUCUGCGUGUGUUACAGGCACGACGGGGAGGAACACUGGGACAGCAACGGUGGCAAGAACUACCGGAUAGUGUCGACGGCCAAGAAGAAUCCGUGUGCCGUGCGCCGGGUUACCGAAGCCAUCAAGGCGGAUGUGCACUCGUGGACAGAAUUUGCCAGUUGGAAGAACUUGGUGACGGAGGGCCCCUAUUGGUGACUAGUUGCCGCAGGCGCGUCGCUGGUGGGGGCUGUCCUCGCCUUGAACUUGUCCCCUCAGGGUCACUGAGAUCGUGGGUUCCUUCGCCUCCCAGUGCCCUUUCUUAAAGAACACUUAUUGAGUAGGAAAUACUAUUUGCGCUGGCGAGACUGCAUCUGUGGAUUGUGCAAUUGGUUGGUUCAAGAGUGCCAUAACUAGGUAGUUUGCAUUUUGGUAGCGCGCUUUAGCCGGAGGACGUGUCGAUCGAUGAGUCGGCUCAUGAAAUGUGAUUCUAGUCUCAGGUUUCAUUUGUUUCGUGGCUCUCGCUUGGCAUAGUGCUCUGGAUUUUCAGCCUCUGUCUAGUCUCCCCGGAGAACGCUAGAGCGGCUGGCACUGGGGGCGUAUUUUUCUAUGAGCUCCGCGAACUCCUUGUGGUUGAGUGAGCCUGUGUGCCAAGAGACACUAUUUCUGGGGACGUUUGCAAUAGUCGUUUGGGGCGGUUUACAAGUUAACGUUGGGAGAGGGUUGCUUUUAAGCCAUGCAGAAUUUGUACAUACAUACACAUAUUUUUGGGCACUCUAUUUACACCAGGCGUAGACGUUUUAGAAAUGCCUCGCAACUUAGCUUAUACAUGCAUGAUACACAUGCAUGUUCUUGCGCAGCAGCGAACGUGGUCUUGCCGUGCGCGCGUAGCGGUGGUGCGGACUUCCGAAAUGCUCAGGGCCAUUCAGGCCUCAACGAGCGCUUUUGCACAUUUUUUCCUUUUUUUUACGUGUUUGCAACUUCGGCCACGCGAAGUGAACGCAUUCAAUGCGAUGGGUGCCAGCUGUAUCUCAAUAUCUUGGACGAUAAUGCGUGCAUCUUCAGGCUAGUUAUCUUAGUAUCGGUAUCCUGAUGCAUAAGUACAAUGUCAUGUCCCGUUUUUCAGCAGCCGUUAUUUGCUGACGCUCCUGGUACUAACUGUAUAUACGAACGAAUUGUGCUGGUCUUUAGCGUGUGUUCGUUUAUUUUUCUUUUGUGCGUUCUAUUAAUAGUCCUCGCAUUUUAAUCCUACGACGUUUUAGUGCGAUUGCAGUGACUUGUUGAACAAUAAACUUGCUACAUGGUGACGAUA